AUGAUGGCUACCUUGUUCUUGCACGUAGAAGCGCGGAUUGCCGCCCUGUGUGGACAAUGCUUUUUCAACAUUGGGCCAUGUGGUGAAGAAACCCUCUCCUCGGCACGCGCUACGACCGGAAGACGCAUCGGCACUACACUAUCGCCACCUUGGAGUCAGUCUACUCCGACAGCUUAUACAAGGAGAGCCUCUGGACAAAUUGCUAGUGGACCGAGCCCGUGGCUAUACACGGUGUUUGGUAUUUCCGACAACGGUCUUACCAUUUCAAACUCGACGGGAGGUAACAUAAAUACGUUGUUUAAUGACGACCCAUUGGUGCCUGUGGUUCGCGUCCAUGGCAAUGAUAUGAUGGAUGUCUACAGCAAGACACAGCAUGUUUUCGACUAUGCCAGAAGACAGUCUGCGCCGGCUGUUGUAGUCUACCAGAAUUUGGUGCGCCGAAUCGGUCACGCGGCAACCUACCAACAGAACGCAUAUCUUAAAGGGGAGCAAAUAAAAUCAAUGGCGGAAAUGCAGAUCAUGGAGUGUGCGCUGGUACAAGCCGAAGAGGUCCUUUCAGCAACAACGUAUAUAACACUCUUGGACAAAUUUCAAGAGAAUGCUUUUGCAAUAACUGUCGAAGAGGCGAAAGUGACUCGAGACGAUAUGGUGCAACGAGUGUCCGCUCCUUUGCACCCAAUGUCAUCAAUAUCGUCAAUUCUGUCACCAUCAAAUCAGACCCCAAAUGACAUGGACGCAAAACCGGAAGUCAUGAGAGAGGACGACAGUGUCGUAUACUUCGGUGAAGGUGUACGUCAUGGUGGCUAUCAUUUGGUAACAGCAGGUGUAGCUGUUUUUUUUUCCGAAACGCAUCUUCGCUUUUCCUCCGGCGAAACGUCGUUAUUGGGAGCUGCAAAGGGCUUUUCGCAAGUCGGUCUUACACUGAUCGUAGAGAUUCCGUACGCAAAAUACUUGGAUUGUGGCGCCGACACGUUUGCUGAGAUUGCUGCGAUGAAUUGGCUUUCAAACGGUCAACGCCCCAAUGGAACGGCCAUUCGCCUCCAAGGAUUUGACCGCGGCGUUUUCGGAGAUGUAUUUUGCUACAGUAACGGAGAAGAUUGCGUCCAUGGCUUUCGCAAUGCUGUACGGCAGACCAAAGCUGGACGCGUGGUUAUGCCUGUCGACUCCGCAUUUCUAUUGAACCUGCACUACUUGAGGGGAAAAGAUCGGGCUUGGGAACGCCCCUAUCCCUUAAGUGAUGGAACUGCGUCAAUUCAGGACUGUGAUUCGGUCCGCCGCUACGGUAACACUGGCACUUUCGCAAUUGUAACGUACGGUAACGGAGUUCUUAAUUCUUCGAAGGCUCGACGAACACUUUGGAAGCAAGGCAAAAUUGCCAACGAGGACGAUCGACUGUCCGUCUCUUAG